GAUACAUCGUCCGUAAUGUUCCUAUAGAAAUACACAGACAUAUAGUACUGUACAGUAGACACGAUGAUACCCCCCAGAGCAACUGUGUCGCAUCCCAAAAACGAGAAUGUGGUAGUGGUCGUCGACGGCGAUGCUUUCCGCGUUUUCAAUACCAAAGAAAACACGUUCCAAACACCCACUCUACCGCCCUUUGCACCGGCAGAGGUCAACAAAGACCACCAGCAAGAGAAAUCCGCGGUCAUUAUCGGCGCUGUUUUUAGCGCGGAUGGAAAUCACUUUUGCACAGCGAGUCAGGCGAAAGAAAUACGUUUCUUCGACACCGACACUUGGGUACAGACUGCAUCCGCCAAGCUACCCAAGAGGCCCACGUGCGUAGCGUUUAUGCACUCGUCCGUGGCCGUGGCCGUGGCGGAUCGCGAAGGGGAUGUGCAUGUCGUCAGUGUCACCGACGGAGUGUGUGCACAGGAGACCGUCAUGGAGAGUCUGGCCUUGAUAUUCGAUGUGACACCCACCAGUGACAACAAGUACAUGAUCUCUGGCGACCGCCACGGCAAGCUGCGGGUGAGUCACUACCCCAACGGCUACAACAUCCGCUCGUUCUGCUUAGGCCAUUCUGAUAUGGUCACACGGGUGAUGUGUGUACGGGCGGGCGACAGGGACGCUACGGAAUGGGUUGUGAGUGGGUCGGCUGAUGGGACGGUCAAGGUGUGGGACUACCUCACGGGGACUGUAGUGGGGUGUACGUCUACGCUGGAUAAAGACCUACAGUCCAAUGGGGUCGUCAACCACAUCACCACCACCACAGCCGACAACGGAGACACGCUUCUAUCCUUCUCCUACGAAGGCAAACCACAUGUGUACACAACCACCAUCACAGCCGUUGGGUCACUACGUGCGUUGUACAGCAUACCAGCCCCCGCGAAUGUCUGUGGUGUGUCUGCGGGAUCUGAUAACAGGCUAUGGAUCAUUACGGAGAAUGAAGGUAGG